UAUGUUACAUCAAAGCUGUAUGCUCGUAGACCAACAAACUGACGAAGCGAUGAUCCCGCGAUUAACAAUCGGCGAGUCAUCAGUUUGUUUUCAAAAGUGGUCCGCCGUCUGCUGUUGUGUUUACGGCCCGCAUGCCUACGCAAUAUUGUGAUUGGUUUCUACAAGCCACAGCGUGUUCGAGAAGAAGUGUGAUACACGAUUCUUAGUCUUAUUAGGUUUUUUUGAACGCUGACGUUCGUGUGGUGAUGUUGGGAAUGCUUUCCGAGUCUAGUCUAGUGCUACUCUAGAUUUGUCGCACCCUUAUAUAUUUACGAGAAGUGGUAAACAAAAAGAUACGAAAAUGGUCCAACGUAUCGCUAGCCAACGGCCUCGGAGCGGCAGGUAUUUCACCGAUGAGCAGCUGCACACAAAAGAUAGCAAUGAGGCAACCCACCUAGUUAGAGCUCCACACACGUUUGUGAUCACUCAAGGCAAAACAGACAAAGUAGAACGGGAGUUAUGUGCUGACCUGCGAAAAAUUAUGGAACCGUUCACCGCUGCGAAGCUUCGAACCAAACGCAAAAAUACGCUGCGCGAUUUUGUCGCUAUGGCUGGAUUUUUCCAUGUCACUCAUAUGCUGGUGCUGAACAAAACUGUUGGUGGUAAGAUGUACCUCCGUGUUACCAACCUGCCACGAGGUCCCACGCUAACUUUUGAGGUUCAGGGAUUCACAACGGCGGGGCUCGUACGAAAACAGCUUAAAAAAGUCGUUCAAAUGGCCAAUCAACACAUGACGAGUCCAUUGUUGGUGCAGAGCAACUUCAACGGCGAAGGCAUGCACUUCAAACUUAUGUCAACAAUGUUCCAAAAUAUGUUGCCCAGUAUCAAUAUUAACCGGGUGAACCUGAACAGCCUUAAGCGUUGCUUACUAAUACACUAUAACGAGGGUCGAGACGUGAUCGAAUGGCGUCACUAUUCAGUUAAGGUUGCUCCCACGGGUAUCGUUAAGGCUGCAAAGAAGCUCGUUGAACGAAAAGUACCCAACCUAGGUGACCUAAAAGACAUAUCCGAUUUUGUUGAUAAUCCUGGUGGAUCCGAAUCGGAAGCCGAGGAACUGUGCGCCGGAACGAACCGAGUCAAAUGUCCUGAUGAAGUACGUUCACGAGGAAAUAUCCCCGGCCAGCAGAGCACUCUCCGGCUCUACGAACUAGGGCCACGUAUGACAUUGAAGCUUGUGCGAAUCGAGGAGGGCUUAUGUAGUGGCAGGAUGUUGUACGGCGCUAAUAACGAUGUACCAAAUUUACCUCAGUAUCAGACAAAGCCGGAUGAAAUAGCCCCAGUGCCAAAAAAGCGCAAGAGGCCAGAGAAGGAAAAAAAGAAACGCACGCCCCAAGAGAAGCAUGCUGCUAAGAUGCAACGCAGAGCUGAACGUCGCGCCGCCGAGGCGAAAUUAGGCGGGGGUGACGACAACAACAUGGGCGACGGACCCCCUGCUAAAAGGACUAAGGUAUCCGGAUUUGUUACCUCCAAAGAAAGGACGUCUCAAGGAUUGCAAAACAAAGGAGCUGUCAAGAAACCCUCUGGCAAAACAAGUGGAAGCGGUGUCAGGGCAACAACCUCGAAGAAGGUUGUUCACUUUAAUACUCCAGGCGCAUAUAAGAAACCUCUCGGCAUCGUGAGGGGUUUUGCAAAAAGCAAACAAGCUUGCCGUGGAGGUACUAAAGGAGGUCGAAAGUCUUAAAGGCAGAUUGAGUAUACUGAAGCCCGUAUUGUGUAAAGCUACAAAGCACAAUACUAACAUUGCCACUAUAUGUACAUUAGUGAAAAGCAUAUGUGUAGUUAUAUAAUGAUAUGAUUGUUAAUCCCGAGUAUAAAUAAAUAUGUUAGCGUCUCAUUUUA